GGCUCGCCGCUCCUGGCCGGAUCCCGGGCCCGUGAGCCAGGCGGCGUGGCCGGGCAGGGGGCGGACGUUGUGGGCCUGAGGAGCCCGAGCAGAUCCCGGCGCUCCCUGAUCUCCGACCGGGGCCAUGUAGGAGGCGCCGCCGCUUCCAGGGGGUGAGAGACGCACGAGGCUCUGCCCUGAGGAGACUGACCCACGUCCAUUGCCGUAGCAGGGGCUCGCUGGAGACGGGGGCAGGGGCGGGCUCCCCUAUGGGUUUGCCUGGGGAUCCGUAUUCUGCUCUUCCCGAAGGGAUUGUAACCCUGCGCCUGGCGGCGCCUGGCCGAGAGCAAUGCCUGGCCGCGCUCCUUCCCUUGUUUGAAUCCCGCCGCUUGGCUGGGAUCAGGGGCAGCGGAGACGGGUUUCAGUGAGCGGCCCACCACGCUGCCGCCAAGCCUGGGCUGCACCUUGCGAGUGUUUCAUGGGACGAUGUACACUUUUGUGGUACGAGAUGAAAACAGCAGCAUCUAUGCUGAAGUGUCCAAAAUACUCCUGUCCACCGGACAAUGGAAGAGGCUGAAAAGAGACAACCCCCGAUUUAACCUGAUGCUGGGGGAGAGGAACAGACUGCCCUUUGGGAGACUGGGUCAUGAACCUGGACUUGUGCAGCUGGUAAAUUACUACAGGGGAGCUGACAAGCUUUGUCGCAAAGCUUCCUUAGUGAAGCUAAUCAAGACGAGCCCUGAGUUAUCAGAAUCCUGCACAUGGUUCCCAGAAUCAUAUAUGAUUUAUCCAACUAACCUAAAGACUCCAGUGGCUCCAGCACAGAAUGGAAUUCGCCAUCUUAUAAACAACUCCAGGACGGAUGAAAGGGAAGUGUUCCUGGCCUCCUACAACAAGAGAAAGGAGAGUGGGGAGGGGAACGUGUGGCUAGCCAAAUCCUCGGCCGGUGCCAAAGGUGAAGGAAUUCUUAUUUCUUCAGAGGCUACUGAACUUCUGAACUUUAUAGAUGAUCAAGGACAAGUGCAUGUGAUUCAGAAAUACCUUGAAAAGCCUAUGCUGUUAGAGCCAGGCCAUCGCAAGUUUGAUAUUAGAAGCUGGGUUCUAGUGGACCACCAAUAUAAUAUCUACCUCUACAGAGAAGGCGUUCUGCGGACCUCUUCAGAACCAUACAAUAGUGCUAAUUUCCAAGACAAAACCUGCCAUUUGACCAAUCACUGCAUACAGAAGGAAUAUUCUAAAAACUAUGGGAAGUAUGAAGAAGGGAACGAAAUGUUCUUUGAGGAGUUCAAUCAGUAUCUGAUGAGUUCUUUGAACAUUACACUGGAAAGUAGCCUGUUAUUGCAGAUCAAACAAAUAAUAAGAAGCUGCCUUAUGUGUAUAGAGCCUGCAAUCAGCACCAAACACCUGCACUACCAGAGUUUCCAGCUCUUCGGCUUUGACUUCAUGGUAGAUGAGGAACUGAAGGUCUGGCUAAUCGAAGUCAAUGGGGCCCCUGCCUGUGCACAGAAACUUUAUGCAGAACUUUGCCAAGGUAUAGUGGAUGUAGCCAUCUCUAGUGUCUUUCCCCUCAGUGACAUAGUGCAAAAGCAGAGCCAGCCAUCAAUAUUUAUGAAGCUGUGAUGACAACAAGACCAUCUUAGCGACACACAUGGAAGAGCUGCCAUCUAUCGAUUCUGAGGGAAGGCUGUUGGAUCAUUGACUUUAGUAUCAUGCCAAAAAGGAGGAAAGAGAGACAACUUUUGGAAAUUCACGAGGAAAAUAUAAAUAAAAGAAGGCUUCGAAGGCGAGUCCAGGAUGAGCCAAAGUUGUUCAGACAACUCUGCCUGUGUUUCACCAAACUUUGCUUUGGAAACAGCUCAUGUGACUUUAAUAACUGAAGCAAAUCUCUCUGGGAGAACAGCAAAAUAAUGUUUAAAAAAAACCCAGGGAUACAGUAAUAUUGUAUUAUCUCGUCCUUUUCUAAAAAGAAACCUUUUUUCCUUUUUUUUGGUUUUGUUUUUUAAUAAGGCAAUUUAAUGAAGAGUACCAUCGAUGUGGGUUUCUUGGUUCAUCACCUGCUGCAGUUUUAGUGCCUUAGCUCAGUCCUCAAUAGGUAACUCCUUUUUGUUCCUGCUCCAUUUGUGUAGAGGUGAAAAGCUGUCUUAUUUUGUGGGAUGUGUAAACGAAACAAAAAUGAAUUUUAAGUCUGUUUUAAAAUCAGCUAGUGAAACACCCACUAACGAUAUGGCAAAAGUGACACUACUGAGGGUACUGUAUCUAGUGCGAUGAAGUAGCCUAUGGUUGAAGGAGGUUUUAUUUACUUGUAUCCAUUGUCUAAUGAGAUUUGAAUCAGUUGUCCGUCAGUCUGAUGCAGUUGGAACCCCUAGAAAACAAAUACUGAGCCCCUCUCCCACCGAUCUGCAGUUUUUAGGGAGUCUAGGUUGACACUCUUGUUGAGAGCAUUGCUGUAACAGAGUCUCUUUCUUGGAAGGCUUGUUCAGAGGGGCAUUCAAAUGAUCUUAGUUCAGCUCUUUUUUCAGCUUUUAUGCUUUUAAUACCUUCAUUUUUGUUAACCAAAAGAACGCCAAGGGACCUUGGCAGCCUCUUUAAGAGCUGCUUAUGUACAUUUUUUUUAACUCUUCAUCUUAUUUUAAUGGAUCCGAGGCUUGAAAAUAAAAGCCUUUCAACCCAAUCAGUUGUAUCCCUUUCAACCCAACCAAUUUUCUCUCUCUCCAUUGGCCAAACAUUGCAUUUUUCAGCACGUACGAGUCAGCACCACCAAAACAUGGCUGUGCUUUUUACCCCAAGCAUCCUCAGUCAGUAGAAAUCGGCUUACCUCUUGGGGAAAGCAUUUGAUGAUCAGCUGGUGCUGCUGUAGAACAGCAGGGAAACUCUUGUUGCAUAUUGCGUUGUUAUAUUGUGAUAACCUUUAAAAAAAAAAAUGUUAGGUCAGUGAAUGUAGAAACUCACAUUUUUUAAGUAUAACCUAAAUAGUUAUGUGAAAUCCUGGGAACAUUCCCCACAUCAUAAACAGCCCCUUUAAGUUACAAUUUUUAACCUAAAUAGGUUGGCUGUGUCUCUUGUAGAACACAGUGGGGUUCCUAGUAGCAAACUGGGUACUAUAGAUCGUAAGUGUGUUCCGUAUUGCAAUGCAGUGUGUUGGGAAUUUUCAGUAGGAAUAGAGAGGUGGAAUUUUAAAUUUAAUCUUAGUGCUUAAGAAGUAAUAGUCUGUGUCUGCAAAUGACUAAUGCUAACAAGAUACCCUUUUUUAAGGAAACCAGUAAGAUUUCUAUAAGCUCUUAUGCAUUUUCAAUACUGAGAUGCUGCAGUUCUCCUACAUGCAUUGCAUGUUGCAUCCUAGCAUAUUUUAGUUCUAUGAUUAGAUUUUUUUUCUACAUAUUUUAAAAGGUCAGUGAAAUGAGGCAGCUUCCUAACAAACAAGUGUGCAUGACUGAAUGAGAAGCAGAAUCUGAUACGGAAAGGCAUGAGAGAAUUGUUUAGAAGAAGGAUUUCUCUUGUGUGGUGCAUGCUCCACACAGGAUACUGUUGUGGAACACUGACAUCUGCACCUGAAUCAAAUCCAGCAAGAGUUCUGGCUCUGCUGGUCGGAUCAGAACUACGUUCUGUUGUCUCUGACAGUUGCCUUGGGUUGAGAAUACUUACAUUAAUGACGGUGACCCAAGCAAAAGAAAAGUGGCUCCUGCUACAAAAAAAAAAAAAACACCUUUAGGAGGUUCCAAGCUUCUGAUUGGCUGAGUUUAAUAAGCAUUGAGUUAAGUAGUAUAAUUUUUCCCUCCAGUGACAUGUCUGAGCACUCUUACACACUUACUUCGACUUAGGGCUGAGAUUUCCCAUCUCUGAAUUGUUACCAGUGUAGAGCUCUGUGAAUGAAUGAACCUGUCCUACUUUGCCAAGUCACUGGUGUUCGUAAAUCUUGGCUCUAUAGCAAAGGGAGAGACAGAAGCAUUUCUGGGAGGUGUACGGAACUUUAAAUCUCAUUGCUAGGGCACACUGGGGGAGUUUCUGUUCCAUACCUUAAUUAUUUCGAUCCAGAACAGCUAGAUUUGGGGACAGACUCAGCCACUCAUCUUAAAAGUUUGUCUAUUUGAAACCUUUGGCCAGGUGGCUGUCAGAUUGUCCCCCGCGUCACUUCUGCCAAAGGGCUUCAUGCUCUUGCUGGCUUCGUUUAUUUACAGCAAGUAAAUAACUUCAGAACUCUUCACACCAUUGCUGCUUCUCUGCAGAUCUCUGCAAUCUAGCAUUGAAGCUGCAGAGGUCGUUCCAUUGGUGUGAGUUUUCUGCUGUAACGCCCGUUGAACAUCGUCUGUACAUCAAGCCAGACUGCAGGUGAGACAGAAAACAUCAGUAAAGAUUCCUUGGCUGAAUAGCAUUCUUUCCUUAUAUCAGCUGGCAAAGAACAGGCCUUAUUCUAGGGCUAUGUCUACACUACCGCGGUAAGUCGACCUAUGCUACGCAACUCCAGCUACGUGAAUAAUGUAGCUGUAGUCGACGUACCUAAGGUUGACUUACCGUGGGAUCUACACUGCAUCCCGUUGACUUACCUUACUCUUCUCGUUGGGGGUGGGGGGUGGGAGGUAGAGUGCAGGGGUCGACUGGAGAGCGAUCUGCAGUUGAUUUGGCGGGUCUUUACUAGACCCGCUAAAUCGACUGCCGGUGGGUCGAUCUCAGCAUAGAUCCCUGCCAUAGUGUAGACCUGCCCUAGGACUUGUAUGGGGAUGCCUGAGCUCACUGUCGAGUCCAAUUACCUUGCUUGGCAGAGGGGCAGUGUAAGGCCAGGAAUUCUGUUUUUCAAUAGGAGUAGCCAGGUGAUUUGAGUUGGGUUUUCAUGGCUGCAGAAAAAGAAGGAAAAAUUAACUUGAAGUCUCCGUUACUGGGGUGGCCAGGAAGCCCAUGAGGGGGACAGACAGGGUUUGUACUGAAAUGAACCCACAGAAAGCCUCAGUGGGGGAUGUUGGAUAAUCCUAACUCAUGUGACUACAAGCCUAAUAAGGACUCGGGCUCUAUCAUUAAAACAUCAGUGAAUAUUUGAAAUGUAUGCCCCCAUUAGUGUAAUUUGUCAUGGAUUCCCAGGUACUGGAGUUAUAUAUAAGGCUGUCAAAAUCCAGUGGCCAGAAGAUUGCCACCAUCACAUAAGUGUGCAGCUGCUGUGCAAACUUCUCUUAAGCAAUAAGUGUGAAAUGAGCUCAAGUGUUGUAUAUAAAUAUUUGUGAAAAUUUGAUGGGAGAUGUAAUGUGCAUUUGAACUAUCAAGUGGUUGAAAUAUUGUAUUCCAGAAGUUGACAAGGAAGACGGCUCUAACUGUGUGUACAGUGAGCUCACGUGUGUGUGGGGGGGGUAGAAGUUCCAAAAGUGGAUGUCUAAAUUAGGGUCCUAUGUCCAUGUAGAGGCACCUAAAUAAGGGGCCUGAUUUUUCAAUGGAGCUCAGCUCCCAGUAGCUCUCACUGAGUUCAUGAAGAAGCAAAAAAAAAGGCACAAGUCCAAAUUUUAAAAAGUUCUUUUUAGGUCACCUUUUAUUUCCACUUCACUGAUCGCAGUAGUAGCUAGAGAGUGAAGUGCAAAUUAAAAGCCAUCUGGCUAAUACCAGUCAGUCAAAUGAAAAUCAAAGGUGACUUCAAUUGAAAGUGAUGACUUUAAAAACUGGGUUUUUUCCUGAUGUGUAGGAAGUGGGCCUGAAACCUGUGGUGAGGUUUGGCUUUGUGCAUGUUUUUACCUUUAGAAAUAGCAGGAAUGUCAGUUUGGUGUUGGAGGAUGUGUACUGUGAGCUCUCAUUCAUCGAAGAGGGAAGGUGGUGUGGACAAAGGCUAUGGCUACAGUA